AUGAGCACCAAAAUAACCGAGUCGUUAUUCACUUCUUUCGCACCUUCAAAGACAUUCAGAUACCAUCGCGAUGAAGCCCCGGUGACAUCGCUAGAUUUCGACGACUCAGGCCAAUUCCUCAUAUCUAGCGGUGCCGAUGAAUCGAUGCAACUAUACGAUUGUAAAUCAGGUAAACAUGUCAAGAGCGUUCUUUCCAAGAAGUACGGGACCCAUCUAGCCCGCUUCACCCAUAAUCUGAAGAAUUGUAUCUAUGCCUCCACAAAAAAUGAACACACUAUUAGAUACCUUUCGCUACACGACAAUACAUAUGUCCGUUAUUUCAAAGGUCAUAAAGCAUUAGUUAAUUCUCUCGAAGUCAGCCCCACCAGCGAUAUGUUUAUUUCCACUUCUUUUGACAAUUCUGUCAGGGUCUGGGAUUUCCGGACGUCGAAUUGCCAAGGGUAUAUGACAUGCAGAAACCGUAGUAUUUGUUCGUUUGAUCCUAGUGGGCUCGUGUUUGCCAUUGGUAAUUCAGAUACUAAAGAAGUUGGUCUUUACGAUUGCAGAAAUUAUGAUAAAGAUCCAUUUAUUGUAUUCGAUCUCAAAAAAUUCGAACGUGAUCCAGUGACAUUAGAACGUCUGUUUUGGAAUAAGCUCGACUUUUCUAAUGAUGGAAGACACCUUUUAAUCGGCACAAAUUAUCAGUAUCAUUAUGUCUUGGACUCGUAUGAAGGAGAAUUGGUAACAAAAUUGAAAGGACAUGGACCUUUCAAGCCUCGUAACUAUCCAGAUACCGGCUCAGUUUCUUUUAGUCCUGAUGGAAGAUACGUAUUUGGUGGUAGCGGAACAAAUGAUGUUUUAGUGUGGGAUAUGAAUCAGCUUCAAAGUUCUGUGCCACCAGGAAAAGUUCUCAAUCCAUUAAAAGCAUUAAAGGGGGAUAAAGCUACGCCUAGAAUGGUAUUAUUCAAUCCUAAGAUGAUGAUGUUGGCUACAGCCGAUAAUGAGGUAUCGAUGUGGUUGCCAGAUCUCUCUGAAGCUAAGUAA